AUGAUCACUUUUCACAUGACCGAUGGUUAAUCGUCAUCGCCCAUUUUUCGUCUUUUUAUGACAAUUUUUGGGCUAAAAACUUACUGAGUAAUUUAGUCCGCAACGUCCACUAGUAAUAGUUUUGAAAAUGGCGUUUUGCCGUUUAGUGUUCCCUAUUUUAGUGAUAAGUGUCGUGUCCAGUUACGCUACUGAACAAGUUCCAGUUUUCUUAUGGGGUGAUUUAAAAACAAAAUCAAUAAAAUCGAAUCCUUUAACGAACGUUCCAAAAGAUACGUUUGAAGCAAUUUUAAAAUCCGAAUUGGAAAACGAUCCCUUCACCGUUAUUUGCAUCGACGAAACUUUGUCAGUCGAAGAUUUUUCACAUAAAAACUCCGAAGGUGAUACAUCAUUCCCGUAUUUACACGCUAACAUAGGAAACGCUUUGUACUUGCCGUCAGUCGAGCAAGCUUUGGACGUCCUGAACCAUAUAGCGGACCCCGAAAAAGUAGAUCAUGUCACGUUAACAGAGAACGGCCUCUCGGCAGAGUUUGAGCCUGUAAGCGGCAAAUUCCUGUUCAUAAACCUGAAAGAUGCUCGCGAGGGUGAGUCCAGAGCCGAUAUGUUACGUCGCCACAACGAUUUCAUGGAAGACAUGUUCACGAAGCUUACUGAAAAGUAUAAAAAUGUCGUCGCUAUCUACACUGCAGAAUAUCCUUCAUGGACAAUUUCUUCAAGUCACUUGAGGGUCCGUCGUCAAGCAGAAAGUGGACAAAUCGAGGAGACAAUGGACGGCCUCAAGUUAUAUGUCAAGGACAUCACCCUCACCGUUGGCACUGAAAAGACAAGCCUGAACAACGUAGCGAGUUACUCAAGCGAGUUUAAUGGCACAACUAUGUCCACCACGAUGAACUUUGGAGAAAAUUCUGUUACAUUGAACUUCUUGCAAAAGGCCGGCUACUGGUUCUUCAAUUCAGUGACUUUGAAACAGACUUCACCCAAAACCUUGAACGAGGAACUCGCACCUGAUUCCGAUGUAUAUGCUAUCAUGGGUUUCUCGUACAGAUGUGGACAGAGUAUUUCCUUCAGCAGCGUAAAUCAAUCUCAGACUUAUAAUAUACUAUUCCAAGAUUUAAAGGUGCAGCCGUUCUUCAGAGAAACUGGUAACACUACACUCGAGUUCGGUGAGUCGCUCAACUGCGUAGGUUUCUUCACCGUGCCCAUCUGGUCCGGUCUGUUCGUCGUAUUCAUCCUGCUCGCCAUCACCUUCUACGGUAUCAUGAUGAUGAUGGACAUCCGGACCAUGGACCGCUUCGAUGACCCCAAGGGCAAGACCAUUACAAUAAACACAGCUGAGUAAAUUAUACAAACGGCCAGUUCCUAUAAUAGUGUUCAUAUUAAUAUAAUUGUUAAUUUUUUGUCCAAAUUAAUUAAUUGCUAUUAAAUUUUGACUUGGCUCCGGCACUUCCGUGCGACCGAAUAAUUUUUAAUUCGAACUGGCCUCAUGUCAAAUGAACACCAAAAUAAGCUAGUUUAGUCGUCGUGUAUAGCUCAAUAUAUUGUAUUAAUAUAAAAAAAAAAUAUUGCUUAUAUUUCGUACCAAUAUUUAAAUGCGAGAAUUUUCGAACUGUCACAUUCUAAUUUCAAAAAUUCGAAUCGUCGCCAUGUAUUUUGCGAUGAAGUUUAUUUCUAGUGGACGUACAAUAAUAGGAUUUGGCGGUAAUGUGAUACCAUAGACAAAUAGACGAUUGUAUUUGUAACGGUUAGUGUUCGAUUUUUGAAAUUAUUUCCUAAUAUUUUAUCAAUCUAUGUGUCUAUGGUGUAAACGAAAGCUUCCAAUGAAACGUAAAUUUCUAGAUUUUUUAAUGAAACCGAAAAUGUGCCUGUUCAUUAUAAACACGUGUAGAUAAAAAAUGUAUAUUUCUGUGAAUUUGUGAUUUAGAUACUUCUUAGAGGUAGCAUACAUUUUUUCCAUUGUAUUACUAAAUUAAUAAAAAAAAAAAACGAUACAAAUGUGCACCUCUUAGUAAGAAGAAAGUGCUUCAGACGUUAUUAGCAAUAUUUAUUAAAAGGCCUGAUCUUCCGUGUUAGUUUUCUGGUAACAUUUCAUCAUUGUAAAACGCAACUCAUUAUUCAAACAAUCAUACUUUAACGUUACAAAGUCGCGGUACAUGGCAACAUCGUUUAACGUUGCGACGUCGUCUUGUCAAAAAUCAACGUUGCUCACUGUAAAAAAUGACGUCACGACAUCUAACGUUCCAUUUUACACAGUAAGACAAGAUUAACCGUUUAACCUUAACCGCAACGUACCACGUCACGACGUCGUAACGUAACGUGUUUGUAUGGUGGCUCUUAUUAAAUUAUUUUAUUAAAGUAUGAUCACGAAUGAUACCGGAAAAUAUACUCGUGGAUAAUUUGUAUGUACGCAUAUUUUGUUUAAAGAUGUCACUCAAAUCUGAGUUUAUUUAGACAACGAUUCAAUAAUGUUCCGAGCUUCAAAGUAUAAUAAAGGCGUAGUUUAUUAAAAUAUAAUUGUAAUUUAAAGUGAAAUGAGUGCCCUCCAUUUUAGUGCCAAUCAUUCAUUCCGAUAUUUCGAAUAACUUAAAUGAAAUCUACUAUGAAUUAUUGUAAUGGAUAGUAUUUCUAUUAUUUAAGUGUCCUUCACAAAGUUUCGCGCGAGCCCCGUUACAAGAUAAAUGUAUGAAAAUAAUAAAAGUAAAAAUCUAAUGUUGAGAGACUUUCGUGCAGUAAAAUAAAAAAAAAAAAAAUAGUAAUAAAAGUUUGGAGAGUAUUCGCACUUUCGUGCACUCAAAAUUACGUAACAGUAUUUCGUGUUCUAUUUUUGAAUUAAAUUAAAAUGGCUGCCCUAUAUGACAAGGAGGAUGCAUUGCUCGCGCGAAAUGUUAGAUUAAGCGAAGUAUAUUUCGAGAAUCAUACAAAUAUUUAUAUAAUAAAAUCAUUGUACAUAUUAUUUUGAACUUCAGUUAAACCGUUUUUAUUUUAUUUUGUUGUUAUUUUGAACAAGUAUUAAAUUUUCAGACCAACUAUUUUGUUUUUUAUUUUUAUUUAAUAAAAACUUAUAUUAAGGUGUAUUUGAUACUAGUAAUAAAUAGAUUCUGUUGAAUUGAAAUGUUAAGGAAUAAUAAAGCUUACGUACGUUCAA